CGUGCGCUCGCUCUGGUUUUUAACUCUCCUCUAGCACCGGCAAGUGGCCCUCGGAGAGGCAGUAAAGUUUGGAUAGCUCCCCACCAGGGCAGCAGUCGCCUCCCUGGCCCAGUUUUGACAAGACAGCCCGCUUCCAGGCAGCCGCCACUGCCAAAGAAGACAGGUUUCCCCACCAAAUCCCCUUUGUAAGCAGCCAGAACGAUCUCGUGCCAGGCUGGCUCCAGGAGAGCGGGAUGCACCUGCAUAUGUUGGAUACAGCAAGGGGAAUCAGCCCAGAGCCCUCUCUGGAGUCUACAGGCUUCAUCCCAGUGGUGUGGGGGUAGAUCGGCCGAGCUCAGGCUGGGCCAUUCAGGGGAGAUGCAAAGAGCAGAAGCCCAGACCCCUGAAGCUGUAGGAUGAUCCCUGUGGGUUUCCCCAGUCCUGACUCCUCACCUGGCGAUGCACGUUUGUACUGGGGUACCUGUUUUCUGCAGAAUUCGUUCUCACGCUGCUUCAUUAGCUGGCUGAGAUGGAGACACCGCAAGGGACCCCAGGGCUGAGCAGGGGACACAGCUGCUGGGGCUAGAGGGAGGCUGCUGGGUUUCAUCAGGGAGUAGCCCCUCUCUUUGCUCUGGGGCUGGGCAGUGAAUGAUCUCUAGGCAUGUCCCCAGCACCCUGCUCCAUGGUCCACGUGGUCCUGUUGGCAUUCGCAGCUCACUGUGGCUGCAGGAGACGGUGUCACCCACAGGGAUGGUGCAGUGACACCAUGGAGACAGGAAGUUUUGCUUCAGGUAGGACUCAGGCCCAGGCUGUGGAAGAUGAUGGGCUCUGGCCACCCGAGAGAGGGCAGGAGCCAGGGCCGGCCAAUGCCCUGGGUCUUGCUGGCAAGUAGGUGCCUUUCUUGUCCAGUGGCCCUGGGUCUCGACAGUGGGCAUAUCUUUGGCCCAAAACUACUAUUGAGGUUUUAAUUACCAGGUGUGUCAUUGUUUCCCUGCAAAACUGAGCUCAGGGCCUGUGCCUUGCUGGGAGCUGAGCAGAGCCCUGUAAGCCGGUGCCUGGCAGGGUGGAGGUGCACCUUCUAGGUUAACUGAAUCAGAGACGUGUAAGCUUGACUCAGGUAAGGAGCUGGCGCGGGCAAAGGAAAAAGGAAGCAUCGAUGGUGAGGGUGCUGGGGCUCUCAAGCGUGAAGGCAGAGUGAAAGCUUCUCCGGUGCACACCCCCCCUGCCCCCGCUCACCGCAAUCGAUGCCGCCCGGCAGGGAGCAGAGCCAGCAUCCCCGCUAUUAAUUUAGAAACCUCCCUGGGGAGGGGAAACUUUACCCGGCCCUCGUUAGUCUGCACAAACACCCCCUCCCUCCCCUUGAGACGAAGACAGGGACAGCCCUGCCUGGCGAGACACCAGGCAAUGGGGAGCGGCCGCGGUAGGACAGCGCAUCCGGCUCCCACCGGUGCAUGGAGCUCACAGGGAUGCAGAGGGUGUGGGGAUCUGAGGCCCUGCCACAGGUUCUUGGCAUGACCAUGGGCAUGUCCCUUAGCCCCUGUACUAGAAAGGCUGCCUCGCAGGCACUGGUAUGGCUCCCACCUGCAUCCUGUCCCAUUUUUCUGCUUUCCCAGGACAAGGCUAAGGCUGCGGUGUCCAAAACCGCUUGGACCAGGCACAUUUCUAGACCCUCUGCUCUCUCCCAGUCCUGGAGGGCUUCUGGAGUGGAAACCUGAGUCAGGCUUGGCCUGGCUCCUCAACCCGGGGUGGCUUUGCCCCUGCCUCUCUCCCCUCUGGGUUCCUAAUCUCUCCCUCCAUCCUGUCAUCCAUCCUUCCUGCAGGGCCUUUGCUCUGUCCUGGGUGUUACGGAGGGGCCUGCUGUGUGCAGGGACAGUCCAAGCCCAGCCCAUUUCAUCCGACUCAAGCCUCUUGCUUCACCUGGUUUUAUACCUGAUAAUUAAAACCUCCUCCAGCCCAGUCCCUGCCUGAGGGGCCGUUGUUCUCAGUCGGCCCGGGCAUGGGAUACGGGGCUGGAGGACGAUCGUGGGCCUGAUUUUCAGGAGCAGCACGAAGGAGACCUGGGACCAGAGCACCCACCAGGGGCUGCUGUAACUGCGCCAGCCAGGACCCUAGUGUAGACACCACUCUGCCAUAAACUGAGAUGUUCUUCCAGAAGCAGCAGCUCAGCUGUGUCCACGUGGGGGUGGCCGCACUGGCAUCUCACACGGCCGUGCUGGUAGCAUCUUGUGCUAGAGGCAAAGGUGUUGGAUUAGCAAGGAUGUGAGGGGCACGGGCUGCAGUUGUCUGUGCAUGGAGAGCCCACAGUCCCGGGGGCAGGGUCCAGUGGGACAUUGGAGUGCAGGGGCGAGAGGCCGGGGUGCUGAGGAGGAGCCGGCAGAGUGUCGGGGCGACGAGAUGAGCCGGGGGCGGGUGCGGAGGGGGGUGCAGAAAUGUGAGCGAAAUGGGUUUAUUACUGGGAGUCUGUUUGCCGCGAUUGUUAUCGAUCCGCAGCUGUCACCUCUCAUUGCCGCUAAUGGGACGUGAAGAGGCCCCUGUAACCGGAGCGAGCCGCGCGCUUCGCCUGCCGCCCACGGCCGGGCCCGCGCCCUCCUCUCCUGGGCCAUUGUCUCCUCCCUGCGCCCCGCGCCCUCCGUCUCUCAUCUUCAUGCCUGCCUCUUUCCUCCUUCCCCCUUUCCUCUCCGCUCUCCCUCUUUCUCCCUUUUUCCCUUCUUUGCGCUCCUCUCCUGUCUCUCUGGCCCCAUUCCCCCACUCUGCUCCUGGGUGUUGAUGGGGGUGGACACUGGAGGAGGGGAGUUAGGAACAGAACGAGCUUUCAAUUUGGCAGGUGAUGCCGUUAAUAGUCCUCUGUCAGCUCCGCUUUCCCCGCACAACCCGCCUGAUGGAGUGUGGCUGCGUUGCCGCCUCUCGUGCCUCCGUUUUCCUUCCCGGCCUUCUCUUAUUAUUAUUUUAAUUUGCCAUUGCACCAACAGGGAGGGGCUAGGGGGAACCUGGGGGGUGGAAUUAACCCACGAGAAAUGACAUAUCGAUCCCCGCACGGCCCGGCGCACCGAGAUGCCUGCUUGCGUCCCCCCAGCCGCGGCUGGGCUGGGGGGGAACCGUGGUGUGUUAGUAUGCGCUGGCCGCCCCGGCCUUCCCCGGCACUGAUUGCAAUUAGGAGCUGGGUACGGAGCGUCCUCACUUCUCUGCUGCCUGGCCGCGAUGCUUCCUGGCUGCCCGAGCUGGGAUGGGAGCUGGGUUCGAAGGCCCUGGGCAGUCAGGCUGGAGGGUGAGGAGCAGCUGGAGGUUCAGCAGGUCAGGAGCAAAGGGGUCCCGACCUGCUGUGUGUCAUAGAUUCAUAGACGUCAGGAUCGGAAAGGACCUCAGUAGGUCUUUGAGUCCGACCCCCUGCCCUGGGCAGGAAAGACCACUGGGGUCAGAUGACCCCAGCUAUGUGCUUGUCCAGUCUCCUCUUGAAGCCCCUCAGGGUAGGGGAGAGCACCACCUCCCAUGGAAGCCCAUUCCAGAUUCUGGUAACCCUUACCAUAAAGAAGUUCUUUCUAAUGUCCAACCUUAAUCUGCUGUCCGUCAAUUUGUGGCCCUUGUUCCUAGUUACUCCAGGGGGUGCCCGAAUAAAUAGAGCAUCUCCUAUUCCCUGCCACCUGAUGAAUUUAUGGGCAGCCACAAGAUCACCUCUCAGCCUUCUCUUGCGAAGGCUGGAGAGAUCCAGGUCCCUCAGUCUCUCCUCGUAGGGCCUUGCUGGCAGGCCUCUGACCUUACAAGUGGCCUCCUCUGAACCCUCUCAUGGUUCUCCGCAUCCCUCUUAAAGUGCGGUGCCCAAAACUGGAUGCAGUGCUGCAACUGCUGCCUGACCAGUGCUGCAUAGAGGGAAAGCAUCACCUCCCCGGACCUGUUCAUCAUGCAUCUGCUAAUGCAUAAAGUGCGGUUAGCCUUGUUGAUCACUUCGUCACAUUGACGACUCACGUUCAUCUUGGAGACAACUAUGACUCCAAGAUCCCUUUCUGCUGCUGUGCUGCUGAGAAGGUCCUCCCCCAGCCUGUAAGUGUGCUGGUGGCUCUUUUUGCUCAGGUGCAGCACUUCGCACUUGUCUUUGUUGAACUGCAUCCUAUUUGGUUCUGCCUAUUUUUCCAACCUGUCCAGAUCUGCCUGGAUCCAUUCCCUACUCUCUGGUGUGUUAACUUUGCCCCGUAAUUUGGUAUAAUCUGCAAACUUGGACAGGGUGCUCUCCACGCCCUCAUCCAAGUCACUGAUGAAGACAUUGAACAGCACCGGUCCAAGGACCGAGCCUUGGGGGACCCCACUGCCCACAUCUUUCCAGGUUGAUAUCAACCUGUUCACCACCACUCUCUGGGUCCAACCUCUAAGCCAAUUUGCCACCCACCGGACUAUGUAAUCAUCUGCAUCACAGCCUGCCAGCUUAUUCACGAGAACAGAAUGCGAUACCGUAUCAAAGGCCAUCUUAAAGUCUAGGUAGAUGACAUCUACCUCGGCUCCUGUGUCGUGUCAGCCUGGGGCCAUGGUUGCAGGGGUCUGGAACCAGGACCUAUUUCCUUCUUUAAGGAGGGUGUAAUCAACACCAAAGACAGGAAGGAGCUGGCGCCAGGCAGCAGGACUCCUGACUUCCAUGCCCAGCUCUGGGGUGGGGUAUGCCUUGGUCUCUAGCCACAGGCCCGGAUUUAUUCUCCCACCACGCGCUGCCAGCUGCAGGGCAAAGAACCAGGGCUGCGGCUCCGUAGGCUGAGAGCCAUGUGAGAGCAAGAUCAGGGCCGGCAAGGAGUGAGCUGGCAGCUUGUGUGGGGCUCACACAAUAGGUGCCCUGCCCAUCACCUGCAGGGAGGGUCCAGACUCCUGGGUUCCCUCCCAGACUUGAAGCCACUUGCUCCCCUGAAUGCUCCUGAGAUCCGGGAAGGGCGCCGAGGUCUGCGACUGGGCGGCACGGGUCUAGAUUGCCUGGUCCUAUUAGUCACACCUUCCCCUCCAUGAGCUGAGCCACCCCUUGGCCUCACCAGGGAGAUUCGAGUCUGGGCAGAUCCAGAAUCAGACGGAGGAUUAAUUCCAGCAUUGAGGCCACACGCACGCACGUACAGCAGCCAGCAGCAUGGGCACAGCCCCAGGGUCCUGGAUUGCAGAGGAGAGACUCCAAACUCUGCCUGGUGUGUGUUUGUCUCCGUGCUGGGCUCGAUCUGCACAGGGGAGUGUCCCCGUGCAUCGGGAGCCUGCGAACGGGCCCAGCCCUGAUGGCACUGGCGAAGCAUCCCAGGGAGCCCAGGGGAGGACAAACAAAUCUGCCCGCAGGUUGGCAGAACUGGUUGGGGCAGUCCUGGCAAAGGGCUCUUGCCCGUGCUAGAGGCUUCUCUGCUGCUGGGGGGAAAAAAAAUUCCCCCACUGAGCUGUACCAGCAAAGCCACAUAAGACCAGGCUUGUGACUGGGAGAGCGAGAUGGCAGCACUUAGACUCCAACUAGCUGGAAACCAUAGAAGCUGGGGUGGGACAGGGCUGUGCAUGGGGUGCCGGGGUCCUGGGUGCUUCUCCAGCAGCAGAAGCCCAUGGUGCUGAUACGCAAGCGUUGCUGGCUCGAGUUCGUCUGUGUCUGUGACACACUUGCUGUGUGUGCACAUUGGUGGAGCCCACCAGAGAUGUUGCAUCAGUGCGGUUGUGUAGCUGUGAAGGUGUGAGAUGCACCUGCAACUGCAUUGGGCAGCUCCAUGAGGGUCCCACGUGUGCCGUGUCCAUGGCUAGGCAUCGAUAUUACACAUAAACCGGUAUUAGUACUCGGAAACCAGUUCAAAUCUGUAACAGAAAUUCAGUGCAUAUAAACCACUCUCAAAAUGGCCAAAACUGGUUUAAGAUAAACCUGGAUGGAUGCAGCAGACUUAGCUGAUUUAGGUUAAAUAGGUUUAUUGAACUUCUGUCCUAGGUCCUCGAGUGCGGCUGUGCAUGCGUAUAGGUCGGCAGCGUCUGGACCCGGAGCAACGCUAUGGGGGGGCGGCAUGUCUGUCUGGGUCAUGAUGGAGCCUGAUCUUGAGGGCUAGAGUUGUCCUGGGCUCAGACCAAUCCCAACAGGACCAAGUCCGGGGGUAAAGACCGAGCAGCCCAGCAGCACGGAGGAUGGUGGAAGUCAGCAGCCUGGGAGAGGAGCCAUCUUCCCUGCAUUGACCUCCAGGGUUGCUGGCAGGAGGAGCUGGGUGGCUGGUGGCUGGGGCUGACAUGUGCCCACCGGCCCAUGUAUCCCCACGCCCGCAGGCCUGCCAGCACAUCUCACCUCACCAACUCCCAUGCGUUGAAAAUUCAGGCUGCAGCCAAAAUAUCUUGAGCAGUCUCCGCGACCUUCACUCAGCACCACACAGGCUGGAGCAGCUGGGAGCCCGAUGGGGCUGGGACAGCUGAGCUUGCUCUCAAUUUUUUUUUUUUUAGUGGCUUGUCCAAAUAUUGACAUUUCUUGGAAGGCUGGAAAAAACGGGUGGUAACAGCAAUGGAGAAAAAUCCCUCGGUCUGUUCCCCAGUUUGUGAACUGGGUCUAGUCUGUCUGUCUGUCUGGCUUGCUGGGCCAGGAUCCCACCCCCGGCCAGGGCCGAGGCCCCAGAGGCAGGGUCAGACUCUAACUGCCAUGCUGUGCUGCGGGACCCCUUAGUGCUCUGGGAGCCCCUAUCCCCCCCCCGCCCAAGGUCUCAGGCCUGACCCUCUGGCAACUUUGCACUGCCCGAGUCUAUCGGCCUUUGCACAGAGCUGGGGUCAUGUCCCCCGGCUUGGACAGGGAGCCGGCAUGAAGCUGGGAUGGCACAGAUGCUGUCCUCUUUGGGACACAGAGUGGGACACGGGUUCACAGAUGCCCUCCAUGAGUCCCAGGUUCCCCCACCCCUGAGAGCCCUUUGCCUCCAGCUGCAGUCAGGCCACACUCACAUAUCCCUGGUCAUUCAGUGUAAAUGUCUGGUUGUGGGCCCUGCCUCGCAGCCACGGGGCAGUCCAGUCCACCCUCCGUGCUGACCUGGCCGUGGAUGUGACUUCUUGACUGCCCAGCUGGAGACUGAUUAACUCUUUUGGUGCCAGCAGGCCUAGGCUGUACACAUCAGGAGCAUUUGUCACGAGAGGUUGCAGUGGGUUCCCUCUUGACCCUUGCACGCAUGUAUACGCACACAUGUGAAUGCAUACACACACACACAUGCACGCACACACUCAGAUCUACACUGCAUAUAUAAACAUGAUCAUACACUGAUAUACAUGCAUGUACACACAUGCUCAUGUGCAGAUGCACAAAAGCAUACGCAGAUGCACAAGCACAUAUGUUGAUGCGCACAUGCAUGUACACACAUGCAGCUACACACACAUGCACAUAUACCCACACACAUGCACACACACGCUAUUUCUCUGUCCAGUCUUGUCCCAACUUGAGGCUGGCUCACCCCAGGAGAGAGUCUCAGAUAACUCUUCCUGGAAUGACAAGAAUCCCGCGUGCGAAGGCUCCUAUUGCAAGCAGGCGUCACCCGGGAACAACACGGGCACUUCAUGUUCUCACCCUCCCUGGCGCCUCCUCGGCUUUCCAGGGUAGCCAGGCCCUAGCGGGCUCCUAGGGGUCUGCUGCUAGCCUGAGGGAGCAGGCACUUUGCUCCAAGUCUGAAGUCCAAGGGCUUGGUCCUGAGCCUGGUAAGUUGUUGGUGAGCUCAGGCCAAGGGACUGGAUCCAGCGGCAUCUUUAAUUCAACCAGCCAAGGCUGAUGCAAUGGGAAGGGGAUACGGGCUCAGGGGCAAGGGUGGGAAGGGGGGGUUGCGGGUUUGCACAUGUGUGUGGGUUUCAGAGAUCAAACCUAGACACGACACAUGGAUACACGGUGCCCUUUCCUUGUGCCCACGUGUGCAACCUGCUUCUGCAUGCCUUUGCACACUGUAGCUCACUCAAAUCCUCUCCCGUGCACUUCGCUGGUCAUUUGGGCAGCUGUCCCCACCCGACCAUGCACGCACACACAUUUCCACAUCUUCUCCACACACUCAGAUCUCUGAAACACGCAUGCACACCCAGAUCUCUGAAACAUGCACACACAAACAGAUAUCUGAAACACGCACGCACAUGCACACUCAGAUCUCUGAAACAUGCAUGCUCAGAUCUGAAAUGCACGUGCACACACACUCAGAUCUCUGAAACAUGCAUACAUCUGAAACACAUACAUCCUCAGAUCUCUGAACCUCACUCACACACACACACACACACACAAACACACAUCUCUGAAGCAUACACACAUGCUUGCACACACACACAUCUCUGAAUCUUUGCAACAUGCACACAUACCCAGAUCUCUGACACACAUGCACGCACCCCUUUCCCGUCCCUUAGCCCUGUGCCGUUAUUCCCUUCCCAUCACAUUAGCCUUGGUUGACUGAACCACAAAAUGACUCCUGAAGUUCGCUCCCCUCCACUUCAGUCCCCAUCUCAAUCAACUCCCAGGUCUGUGGGUGAGAGGUCACAGACACAGGAGGGGUCCUGCAUGUUCCUGGCUGAAGCAGCCCCACACCUGGUGUCGGUGUAGAGACUGCAUCCGUUGCUCGCUCUCCUCCACAGCGGAAGGGAAAGGAGCAGCAGAUCAGACGAGGCAACCCUGGCGUGAGGUGGGCUGCAAAGCAAAUAGGUGGGUGAGCAUCAGGUGACACUAGCCCAGCAUCCCAGCCCCUGGGAAGGAAGCACGUGCAUGUGGUGUAAUCCCCUAGAGGGAGGCAUGUCCUGGGCUGUCCUGUAGGCAAACAUGGGUCAUCCGGCUCCAGGCUUUCAGCCUGGCAGCAGGUGCUUUUGCAGCCUGGCUCUGCUGUCCCCACUUGUAGCUGAGCCUCACUGUGGGCAGGAGCUGUGCAGAUCCCUGAGCAGUCAGCACCUUGCACUACACAGCUCUUGAGAGGCCAAGGGGCGACCGGUGAGCUAGGCAGAGAUGCCAGCCGGUUGCCCUGUGCAUCCUAAGCAAACCCGGUCGCCCUCCUCCACGCGCUACAUUGCAGAGAGGCCGUGAACCACGCUUCCCAGCCCCUCUAUGGCCACUCUGCUGCUGAGCUGAGAACAAGCACUCGCUGCACGCAGGAGCCAUGUCGGGUUGGACGCGCCCCUAAGCCGCCUGGUCCCUCGGGCGUGAGCCAGCUGGGAGCCCUGGCACGGGGCCACCCGCGUCGCUGGGGAUCGUGCUGUGGUAACCAGGUGCUCCCUGGCCCCGGGGCUCCUUUGCGAGCUUCGGGAGCGCCUGCACCAGCCCCCGCCUAGAAGCCUGGGCGAGGGCCUGACGUCAGUGGGACACACCAUGGCCGGGGUCUUGCAGCAACAUGCUCUUUCCCGGGGCUGUGAAUCAGCCGUGCAGGGGGGCCUCGCCUCGUGCUCCCCCAGUGACUUUGGUGUCGGUGCGUCCCUACCCCUCGGGCACUCGACCCCAGUCUGUUGGCUGUCCAGAGGCCGAUCUCAGUCUCGGUAGCUCCAUUGAUGGGACCUUGCAGUUCUGGCCUGCACUGUCUCUUAGGUCACCCUGUCUCCAGCCCCUUGCCCCAGAUUCACAGCUCCGCAGGUCCCAAGCUGCUGCACUGCUGGAGUGUGAAUGUGGCCAGUCCAGCCCAGCCUGCCCCUGUCUUCUCUCUGUCCCUCCCUCCAUGCGGGCUUCUGUCUGCCUGGUCCCCAGUGGUGUUCAUCACGAGUUCCCCACACUAUCGGUGCCGGGGCUGGCAUCAUAGUCAGCCCCACUGAUCCUGGGGCUGUGCUGCAAAUGAUCCCUGCUAGGUUGCCGCAGCCUAGUCAGGCCACAUAGGCAAAGGGACGUUGUUCCCCAUGGAUAAGUGGGAACCGAAGGCUGGAGCAACUUGCUCAGAGCGACACGUGGCAACGCAGCACGUCUACCCCCCGCCACUUGGCAGCCCUGGGAUGAGCUCCCCACCACGCUAGCCUGCGAUGAGGUGACCCAUGCAGGUGGCUGCAGCAAGAAGUAGUUGGAAGAGCCGGCCCUGAGGACCAACAUCCCAGCCGGGGCUGGGAAGAGCGCAGGUGGAAGUGAAAGCCGCGGCGUGCCGAGCCCCCUGGGAGCACCGAGGACUGGGCUUUCAUUCUAAGUAACCCCAACGCAGCAUGUGAUGAAAUGCACGGGGCCGGCGUGACAGGCAGAGCGCACGGGCCAGCGACGCCGGCCAGGACAGCUGCAGGUGCCUCUGCAAGGUUGGCGAGAUGCAGUGUAGCUGUGUAGCCGAGGGUGUGCCAGCAGUUCCCAGCUCCUACUGGAUCUCAGGGCUGGCGUUCCCUGACUGGGCCUACAAGGCAGAGUCCAGCCCUGGCUCCCGCCAGAUCCAGCUGUGGCAUUUCAUCCUGGAGCUGCUGCAGAAGGAGGAGUUCCGGCAUGUCAUCGCCUGGCAGCAGGGCGAGUAUGGCGAGUUCGUGAUCAAGGACCCCGACGAGGUGGCACGGCUGUGGGGCCGGAGGAAAUGCAAGCCCCAGAUGAACUAUGACAAGCUGAGCCGGGCACUCAGGUAUUAUUACAACAAGCGGAUCCUGCACAAGACCAAAGGCAAGCGCUUCACCUACAAGUUCAACUUCAGCAAGCUCAUCUUUGUCAACUACCCGCUGUGGGACCUGCGCUGCCCCGCACCCCCACUGCUGCUGGGAGCUGCCAGUAUGUGCCGCCCCGCCAUGGUCUCCACUGGGCUGCAGAGCGAGUUCCUACAGAACGUGCUCUUCACUCGCCGGGCACUGGCUGACCAGCUGGCCUGCCACCGUGGCCUGCAGGAGCCAUUGGGCGCAGACGGCACGGGGGACAAGAAAGCUGUGGCCGGGGGAGCUCGCUUUGGCUCCAUCCCUUCACCCUGCUUCUUUGGCUCCUACUGCAGCCCAGGGGUGCAGGAUGAGUUCCCCCACCUGGCUGCCUUCCCGCCCCCCAGGCUCACCCCUAACGGCAGCCGCCAGCUCUGCUCGCCCAGCCACUGCCCUGUGCCCAGCCCGCCCGAGUGGCCACGCUUCUCUGGCCACAUCUUCCCCCACGGCCAGGCGGUGCUGCCCCUGCCAGAGCACGCCCAGCCCCAUGGUCCCUUGGGGUUCCCCAAAUCAGAUGCCCUCUUGUUGGGGGUCAGCUUCCUGCCCCCUCGGCUGCAGGGGCAAGCCUUCCCUGGGCACCCACUGGGCACCGUGCAGGGGGCUGCAGAGAGGCUGCAGUUCCUGCUGGACGUGUCCCCACCUGAAGAGGAGGAGAGGGAGGAUGAGGAAGGCCAGCACCGGGCUCCUUCUGCAGAGCACAGCCAGGAGGUGAAGCCUGAGGUGGAGCUGGAGCUGGAGGGCACGGCUCUGGGCAAAGACACAAUCUUCCUGGGCCCUGGAGGGGAGGGUGAUAGUCCGUGUUACCCCUCCGAGCUGAGAGCCUCUGCCGGAGCUGCCCCCCGCCUCCCCUGCCUGUCUGGCUUUAAGGCCGCCUGGCCCUUGGACCCCACCUAAAAGCAACUCCCCGGUGCCGUGUCCCCCUGCCAUUUUGCCCCUUCCUCCUGCCUGGCGAUGCCCGAGCCUAGCCCCAUGCCGCAUCUGCCUGUGAAGCGUGCACAGCUUGUCUCGUCUCAUCCUGCCCCGUCUGUGUAAAGGAUGAACCGGGCCAUGAGAAUAAACCCAGUUUACAGACAACCGUC